AUGGCGAUUCAAGAGAUCUCUGCGAAGGGCGUCGAGCCGCAGCCGGUGCCCAAAAAGCAAGUGAGAGAUGGCUCGCCGGAUGGGAUUCUCGACGAGGAGAAGCUCGAGAAGGUCUUUAUUGGCUCCAUUGAUCAGGGAACCACAAGUACAAGAUUUAUCAUCUUCGAUGGAAUGGGAGAGCCCGUUGCGCAACACCAGAUCGAGUUCACCCAACAUUACCCCCAGUCGGGUUGGCACGAGCAUGAUCCCUAUGAGCUCGUCAGCUCUGUUGAGCAGUGUAUAGAGAAAGCUACUGGAAUCUUUGAGGACAUGAACUACGACAUUGCAGACAUUAAAGCUAUUGGGAUCACCAACCAGCGUGAAACCACUGUCGUGUGGGACACCAACACCGGUGAGCCACUUUACAACGCAAUCGCAUGGCCCGACACAAGAACCAAGGGUUUAGUGCGAGAGUUGAAGAAUAGAGAAGGAGCGGACGAUUUGCUUGGGUUGACUGGACUGCCGCUGUCCACAUACCCAUCGUCAGUGAAGCUGGUUUGGCUGAUCGACCACGUCGAAGAGGUCCGAAAAGCAUACGACGAAGGCCGCUUAUCAUUCGGUACUGUCGAUACCUGGAUUCUAUACAACCUGAACGGUGGAAAGGAGCGCGACAUCCACGUCACAGACUGCACAAACGCGUCGCGAACCAUGUUCAUGAAUCUGCACACCGUACAAUACGACGACAAGCUUUUGGACUUCUUCAAGCUUGACCGCAAGAAGCUGAACCUGCCCAAGAUUGUUCCAUCGUCUUCUCCUGACGCCUUCGGCUCUCUGACAAGAGGCAUCCUCAAGGGCGUACCGAUAGCGGGCUGCCUCGGUGACCAGUCGUCAGCCUUGGUUGGUCAACAAGGAUUCACACCCGGAUCUGCCAAAAACACAUACGGAACUGGUUGUUUCUUGCUCUACAACGUCGGCGAAAAACCAGUAAUAUCGAAGCAUGGCCUGCUUGCAACUAUCGCAUACGACUUUGGCGGUAAGCGCAAACCUGUGUACGCCCUCGAGGGAAGCAUAGCUGUCGCUGGAUCUGGUGUCAAGUUCCUGAUGAACAAUAUGGGUUUCAUUACACAUUCACACAAGAUUAGUGACCUUGCCGCGAGUGUAGAAGACAACGGAGGGUGUGUUUUCGUCACAGCUUUCUCCGGUCUUUUUGCACCCUACUGGAUUGACGAUGCGAAGGGCACAAUCUUCGGCAUUACACAAUUCACAGAGCAGGGUCACAUUGCGCGAGCAACCCUCGAGGCCACCUGCUUCCAGACUAAGGCUAUUCUCGAUGCUAUGGAGCUGGACUCUGGGCACAAGCUGAACAUGCUGGCUGUUGAUGGUGGGAUGAGUAACAGUAACCUUUGCAUGCAGACGCAAGCGAACAUUAUUGGUAUCCCAGUCGACCGCCCUGCCAUGCGCGAAACUACUGCACUUGGUGCUGCCAUCGCGGCUGGAUUCGCUGUUGAUGUCUGGAAAGAGUUCGACGAGCUGAAGGAGAUCAACCAGAAGGACCGUAUGGUCUUCGAGCCCAACGUCAGCCAGGAGGAAGGCGCAAAGAUGUUCAAGAAGUGGGACCGUGCUGUACAGAUGUGCAAAGGUUGGCUCGAUGCCGACGAGGCCAACGGCGAGUUUUCAUAG